AGCAGCCAUUCUGGCAGAAAAGCACAAGUUUAAACUCUUUAAUUCCGACAUGGAAAAUAAUUCGGCUUCACUAUAGUUAGCUUUCUAAGCGAGGAGAAACCGGUCAUGUUAGCAUGUUUGCUAACUUGGAUGAAUUAGCAUCACAAUCCAAAGGAGCUGAUUUUUAUUUGCUGUUUAAACCUAAAAACUCCUCAUAUUACAGAACAGGCCGGGAUUAUUGCUCGGAGUUUGUCAGAGUGUGAAGGAAUAAAUAUUUACUCCCAGUUUGGUCAUCUGUUAUCUACAGAUAUUAGCAGUCUUUUAUUAUAUUUAUCCUGGAGUGGUUUUGUUUUUUCUUGUUAAAUAUUCACACAGGAAUCAUAUGAAGUCAUUAAGAGGCGGCUCUGCUCAUCAAAUCAUUUAGAAACCUCACCGUUUAUAUCAAAAUACUUCACAAAUCUGACUUUUUCUGUCGUAAAAUGUCUCCAAUGACCACAGAAGACCUUUUAUUGAUCUCAGUUUCUUCACAAGUCCUAAUUUUUCUGUAGAGGAAUCCAGGACGUGAGAGCGGUAGAAGAUGAGUUCACAGCAGUAUCAGCGAGCGGGACUCAACCCCACACACACGCAGGCACCAAACACACCGGGGGUCCAAACCAAGCAAACCACUGCAGGUCAUGAGGACAGUGGGCGUGACGUAGGCGUCGCUUCCUCCUCCAGCACUGCAGUUCCCCUCAGAGACGAUAAACAUGAGCCGGUGGUGGUGCGACCGUACGGAGCAACCUCUUCCGCCCCUCCGUCUCUGCCUCAGCACCUCCCGGUCACCUUCACUGAGGGACCUGGCAAGUCUGCUCUGAAGACUCCUAUCGCUAGCCGUGUAAUCGCUCCAGCCCCAGCUCAGGGGCAUCUCGCUCUGCCCCAUAAAGGACCCGGCCACGUCACCGUCACCAUGGAGAGCGCCAUGCCACAAGCCUCCGGGAUCCCAGUGGCCACCAUCAGCGGUCAGCAGGGUCACACUGGAAACCUGCACCGCAUCAUGGCCACCAAUUUGCAGAUUAUCCGUAGCGGGACUCCGGCACUGCAGAUCGGCUCCUCGGCCGCUCCGCAGCAUCAGUUUCCCUCACAUUUACCCAGAGGAGCUGCAGCCGCUGCUGUAAUGUCCAGCUCAAAGGGAGCGACUGUGUUGAGACCAGCGUCAGGACCGAAUAACGCAGCGGGACAGCCGACGGUGCAGCACAUCAUCCAUCAGCCCAUUCAGUCGCGUCCGAUAGCCACCACAUCCACGGCGGUCUUGCCCACGGUCGUGGCUCCGGUCACAGCCACCAGACCUCAGUCUCCUGUGAUUAGCACGGUGACGGCUCACUCAGGAGAGUUAAUGCACGGACGCUCAGCUAUUACCAUCCACCCUCCUCCUGCUACCCUGAGUAUCCAGCGGGCUCCUCACGCUCGGGACACGCCCACGCGCAUCACACUUCCGUCCCACCCAGCUAUAGGUGCUCAGAAGCCCCUCCCACACUCCAUGGCACAGAAACCAAUUUUUAGCACUAUGACGCCUGUCGCUGCGGCAACCGUGGCACCCAUACUGGCCACCAACACGGUUCCGUCAACUACAACUACGGGCUCCAUGACCCAGUCCCAGGUAUCCAGCAGUAACAUAGUUACAGUAACCAUGGCCUCUCAUUCCACUCACGCCACUGCAGUGACCACCUCCACCAUCCCCGUGGCGAAGGUGGUGCCCCAGCCAAUCACGCACACCUCUCCUCGAAUCCAGUCUGAGUUCAGUGGAGAAAGAGGGAACCUCAUCCCCAUCUCAGCCCAUCGCACUUCCCCUAAUCCUGCUGCUAUGGAGAACCGCGGUGACGCCAGGCAGUCUGUUCCCAUGCAGUUUCAGUACUUCCUGCCAACCUACCAAUCAGCUUCUUACCCCCUGACACACACCUACACGCCCAUCACCAACUCGGUGUCGACUAUACGCCCCUAUCCAGUGACUGCUCAGGCUCCCUCUGCUGCUCAGCCCAGCAUGGGCGUGGCCUCUGCUGUCCAUCUGAACUCCAUGCAGCUGAUGACAGUGGAUCGUAUCGCUCAGAUCAACACGCAGAACAUGCAGCCGGCAGCAGUGGCGGCACAGGGAGGCCAAAACGCCGCCAUCGCUGCUCAGGGGUUCCAUACCAGCGCCCCAAUCACACCGCAGAGCAUCCAGGCUGCUCCCAUCAACCCCCAACAAAACCCAAGUGAGGCCAAGACUUCAGUGGUGCUGGCCGACGGCUCGGCUCUUGUCGCCAACUCCAUCAACAACACCUUUAACGCCAAUCAGCCUGUCGCCACGGUAACUCAGGCGCACUCGCAGGGAGGUGGAUCAGGAACGUCAACACUAGUCUCAUCUCCUCGACCCAGCAUUCUCCGCAAAAAACCCGCCAUCGAUGGAACCGCUGUGAGGAAGAAUCUGAUGGCAGCUCAACUUGGGGACGCGACCAGAAUGGACGGAGGUCUGAGGAACACUGCAGGAUCGCCACGACCCGCUGGAGUAAAACCCAAACCCGACAUCCUCAUGGGUUUGGCUCCUCCCGUCAGCACUGCAGUGGACGGAGUCUCUGGACAAAGCAGCGAGCAGAACGUAGCCCCGCCGCCGCCUUCUCAAAUCCCCGCCCAGCCUGUCUCCGCCCUCCUGGCUUCAGCCACGCCUCCUUCUCAGCCUGUCCCUGCUGCCAUGGCUGUAACUCCGCCCAUCCCUUCAAUGGCCAACGUGGUGGCGCCACCUUCUCACCCAGCAGCCAGUAGUACUGCAGCUUGUGCUGUUAGCUCUGCCCUUCCAGAAAUUAAGCAGGAGGAGACGCCCAUGGACACCUCAAAACCAGUAGCUCCAGCGCCACCUAGUGGCAUUCCUGCCCUGUCAGUGCCUCCUGCAGAUCUCACGCCCGGAGCUUCGCCCAGAAAAAAGCCUCGGAAGCAGCAGCAUGUCAUUUCCACUGAAGAGAGUGAGAUGAUGGAGACCAACAGCACAGACGAGGAGAAACCUCCUGCUAAACCCGUCAGCCACCGACCCGAGAAACGUAAAUCGCCCCCUAAAGAGUACAUCGAUGAGGAGGGUGUGCGGUAUGUUCCCGUCCGGAUCCGUCCUCCCGUCACUCUUCUGCGUCACUACCGUAACCCCUGGAAAGCUGCUUAUCAUCACUUCCAGAGAUACAGCGAUGUCCGGGUCAAAGAGGAGAAGAAAGGCAGCCUGCAGGACGUGGCCAAUCAGAAGGGGGCUGUGUGUCGAGCUCAAGGCUGGAAGAUCCAUCUGUGUGCUGCUCAGCUGGUGCAGCUGACGAAUCUGGAGCACGAUGUCUACAGCCGUUUAACGAGUCUCCAGGAAGGCCUCCUCCCCAAGAAAAAAGCUGCAGCAGAUGACGAUCUGCACCGCAUCAGUGAGCUCAUACAGGGUAACAUGCAGCGCUGUAAGCUGGUGAUGGAUCAGAUCACAGAGGCUCGCGAGGCCAUGAUGAAGGUCCUGGACCACAGAGAGCGAGUCCUCAAACUCCUCAACAAGAACAGCAGCACCAAGAAGAUCCACAAGCUUCACAAGCGCAAAGAUAGAGCAUGACGCAGUUUCCAGAAGCCGUCACAUCCGGCCCGCUGUUGGAGGUGCAGAAUGAACAGAUUCGCCAAAAAAAAAAUUAAAAUAAUCACACAGGAAUGCAUUAAAACGAGGAGAAUCUUCUCUCUCUAUCCAUGUCUGUCCUGGAGCUGGAUGGAGUUAGCGUUAACGUUUGUAGUUUGUCGUAUAAAAGCCUUACCUCCACUACAGAACGCACACACGAGGGACAAUCAGUGACGCUACACUAGGGGCGGAGUCACUAAAGAACGCUGGAGAUGGUUAUAAAAGUUAUAAACACCCACCAAACCUUUCACUGAUGAUCGUUUAGUGUCUCGUUAUUAAACCUUUUAUCGGUUACAGAAAAAUAUUACAGGACAAUACUUGAAGACUUUCACAAUAUUACAAUGUGUAUCAUAUUAUUAUACUAGCGAUAUUAUUAUUAUUAUCCAUAUUAAAAAGAAAAAUGAUUAUUAUUUAACAUCUAAUAAAAUAAAUGAAUUAUUUAGUUAUUCAGCCAGAAAGAAACACAAUGUCCCUUUUAUCCCAAAUGCGCAUGUGUAAAAUGGUUUACCUCUAGGCCACGCCUCCUACCUGAAUCCGCUGCUCACAAACCAGGUGAGGGUCAAUCAGUCGGCUUUGACGUUUUGUGCUGUGACUGUGGUAGAAAGGAUCGAAAACCACAAAGCCAACUAAAGGUGAGGGAGACGCCACGUUGCAUGUCAUAAUUUUAUUUUGCCGUGUGGUUGUGUAGCCAAGUUAAUUGAGUUUAAUUAAGUUUGAGGCUCAUUAGUUAGUUUAAAAGCAUUAAUCCAGAGAAAGGACGUGUUUAUGAUCAUGUCAUGGUGGUUGGCCAAAGUUUCUAUGAUGAUCUUACAGCUUGCGUAAAAGAAAAAUGUUAUUCGAGUUUGGCUAGUUUUGCGAGCGUCUCUACAAACCUCCAUGCUAUAUACAGGUAGGCUAAAUAAUAAUUAUAAUUAACUAAUUUUUUUUGUCCGUCAAAGCAGGUGCUGAGUUGCAGAAUGAGUGGCUCUACAGCAUCGAUCUUUGUUUGGUGAAGCACAUCAAGUUUAAAUAUACAUUAUACAGCCAAAAGUUUGUGCACCCCAACCAUCACAAUUGUAUGUUCUUGUUACAUUAAUGGCAUUUAUCAGAGCAGUUAGGGGCCUUGCUCAAGGGCACUUCAGCCAUUCCUGCUGGUCCAGGGAAUCAAACCAGCAACCUUUUUGUCUCAAAGCUGCUUCUCUAACCAUUAGACAAUGGCUUCUCCAUGGCUUUGUUGAACAUCCCAUUCCAGAUUUAUUCCCACUUUGCUGUUAUAAUAAGCUCCAUGCCUCUUUUCUCCUCUUCUUUUAUUUUCUGUGAAGGCUUUCCACUAGAUUUUGGGGUGUAAUGUAGCUGUGGAGGCGGCAUGGUGGUGUAGUGGUUAGCACUGUCGCCUCACAGCAAGAAGGUCCUGGGUUCGAGCCCCGGGGCCGGCGAGGGCCUUUCUGUGCGGAGUUUGCAUGUUCUCCACGUGUCCGCGUGGGUUUCCUCCGGGUGCUCCGGUUUCCCCCACAGUCCAAAGACAUGCAGGUUAGGUUAACUGGUGACUCUAAAUUGACCGUGAAUGUUUGUCUGUGUCUAUGUGUCAGCCCUGUGAUGACCUGGCGACUUGUCCAGGGUGAACCCCGCCUUUCGCCGGUAGUCAGCUGGGAUAGGCUCCAGCUUGCCUGCGACCCUGUAGAAGGAUAAAGCGGCUAGAGAUAAUGAGAUGAGAUGUAGCUGUGGAGAUUUCUGUUCAUUCAGUUCAGCUACACGAGCUUUACUGAGAUCAGGUCUUGACCUUCCAGUUCAUCCUAAAGGUGUUCAGUGGGGUUGAGUUCAGUCAGGGCUCUGUACAGGACACUCGAGUUCUUCUACUCUAACCUUCAGACGCCAUGUCAGCAUGUCUUCAUGGAGCUUUGUGCACAGGAGCAUUGUCGUGAUGCAGGAACAGGUACAGGUUUGGGGCUCCAGUGAAGGGGAAUUAUAAAGCUAAAGCAUACAGAGACAGUCUAUAGAAGAAGAAAAAGAAGAAAACUUUGUCACAUGUACACUCAAGCACAGUGAAAUUCAUCCUCUACACUUAACCCAUCUGAAGCAGUGAACACACACACACAAAUGAGCAAUGAGCGCACACAUACCUAGAGCAGUGGGCAACUAACCCGGGGCUGGAGCAGUUAGGGGUUAGGUGCCUUGCUCAAGGGCACUUCAGCCCCAUGUUAACCUAACCACAUGUCUUUUGAACUGUGGAGGAAACCCACACAGACAUGAGGAUAACAGAAAGGCCCCUGUUGGCCGCUGGGCUUGAACCCAGAACCUUUUUGCUGUGAGGUGGCCGUGCUAACUACUACACCACAGUGCUGCUCUAUACAAAUGUGUGCUUCCAGUUUUGUGGCAACAGUUUGGAGGAGAACCAGAUAUACCGUAUGGGUGUGAAGGUCAGGGGUGCACAUACUUUUGGUCAAAUAAUGUACACAUCGAAUACAAAUUUGUUGAGAAGUUCAAUAGGAAGUAGGGUUUGUGUUUUUUUUUUUUUUUUUUGUCUCUCUUGAUGCUGCAUUGGUACUGAUAUUGAUUAAUUAUCAGUCUGAUCACAUGCUUUUUUUUUUUUUAACUCAUUAUAAAUGCUCCAAUACCAACAUCUGGGUCCAGGUGACACUACGUGACACAAGCCUAGUGUUAGUGUAUAUAUUGAUGUAUAUUUAAAAAUAAAAUAAGGAAUUGCUGUAUUCUGUAUCCCUGGAAUAAGAACACUAAUACGUGGACAGUACGUCCCGGGCUGCUGAAGUGUCCACCUCUGCAAUUGGAUAAAGCGGGACAUUGUGUAUAUUUUCUUCCUUUGGCUGUUUCUUUAAUAAGGAGAUGAAUAUAUUUGGCACAGAAAUAGAUUUACACAUUCACACAGCUGCUUGUUUCUUGUUUGCGCAAGUAACAAUGGUGUAUUAAUGUAAAAGUAUUAACGAUGCUUUCAAAGGAAAAAAAAGCGUGUAAUUUAUCACUAUAUCAAUAUUAUAUCUGUCGUAUUGUUAUAGACUCCAGUUUUGUAGAUUAAGCUUGAAUUUCAGAGGCUUAAAAUCAGCCAUGCUGUGUCUCAAAUCGCACACUUAUUACUAUCAUGAUUAUUCGUCUACAUGGAUACUUUUCGCACUAACCGGUCCCAUCAUGCACCACAGAGUGUAAGGGGCGGAGCUCAGUUAAUAGUGUGUAUCUACUUCAACUAAUUUUGCCUGUCGUAGUUGUUCCAUGGUAACAUUAUGCACUUUUUAAGCAUGACAUCAGGAUGAGAUUUGACACAGCCUCGAUAGCUUGAGCAUGGGGUGGGGGGGGGUAACGAAACCAAAAACAGUCUGUCUGUUCUGUAUGUUCCCAGUUCUUGUAAACUACACUUCCUUGCGCAAUACCGUAUCCUUGACUCUUUGUUGUUUGUGUAAAGGUCUUCUAUUGGACACACACUGUGAGAAUCGAAGCACAAAGUGCUGCAUUUAUCUGUGAGAAGUAACAACCAGUAAUAAGUUUUAAUCCCUAUCUGGGUGCCUUGCGUUGCUCGUGACCUCACCAAUGGAGCAUGCUGGAUGAAUAACUGCUGUGUGUUUGGUGUGGUGAUUUUUAAGUGUUAUAAUACAAUAUUAAUGAGAUUUGCUUUAUGUCAGAGAGUCAAGAGAUGAGUCUGUCUACCAUGGGUUAUUUAAAAAAAAAAAAAAAUCCCAGAAUGGAGCAGAGUUUCCUCUAAAACAGUAAAUUUGAAGCUCAGUUUCCCACAUCUUUAUUUUGGGAGUGUGCUCUACGUACAGUACCAGUCAAAAGUUUGGACACUCCUUCUAAUGCAAUGGUUUUUCUUUAUUUUUAUUAAUUAAAAGUCACUUCAUGUCUUAAAGUAACGAUGCGUGUCGCCUAAAAACCUAUGAAUGAGUUGAGUAGGGGUGUACAAACUUUUGACUGGUGCUGGUACUGUCAGCUCAUUUCUUGAAAAGGGUGACGAACUGGUGAUAAAAUAUCCAUCACUGAGCCAAUCCAUCAGUACAUGCCUUAUGGAGUGAGGUAAAGAACAAGCUCCAAACCACCGGCUGUAAACCUCCUGCUUCAUGAUUGUACAGGGGUACUCCAGCCUUUUAUUAUUAUUUUUGUCUGGGGUUUUUUUUUCUCCAACCUAAUCUCUGUUUACAGUACCUAUAGUGUGUGUGUGUGUGUGUGAGAUUCAACCCGUAUUACAAAAUUAGAAACUGACAAAAAAAAAAGUUAAUGAUAUGGAAUUCACUUAUGAUAGAAGUCUAAGGGGCGAGGUUAAACUCCAGCAAAUAAGGCUGUUUGUUCUGGGGAGCUUUUGUUUUGUUUAAGGUCCUGCCAACUCAAAUAUUUUGCGUAUGAACUUUGAGAUUAAAUAUCAACAGGUGCUAGUACAAGUUAUCACUCAAACAUAAACAAAAAGAACAAUCUUCUUUUUUACCUACAAUAAAAACAGCUGCACCAAUAAUCAAUAUGCAAAUCUGGAAUGAUUGACAGUAUGUUAAACUCUCCGAUAUUAAAUGCCCCUCCCCUUUCCCGUUUCACAUUAGUAACCUCUUGAUUGAAAGGUGCCGAUAUGGCACCCUCACUCUUCUCUCAGGAUAAUUGGAAAAUGUUUUGAGAUCUUCAAGUAAGAAAUAAAAGUUGUUGCUGUUGUUAUUAUUAUUAUUAUGUCAAAUAAAAUUAGGUCAAAUAAAAUACAUGAAAAUGAAUUAGACUGGCCUGCAGGUAGUACUAAAACUAAUCAAGGCAGGCCAGUCCAUGCAUAAUAAAUGACAAACACAAUAAUUUCAAACAACGACAAAAAAAGCAAAGCAUUUGAGAGGGGAGAAAAAAAUGGCUUAAAAACAGAAUAGAAAUUUGGUGACGUAAUUACCAGAUAAGUUAAUAAAUAUAAACGAGGAAGUUACUGUUUCAUUUGUUCAGUUAAAGAGUCUAGUUCAAGAUAACUAUCUGUUUACAAGAAUCUUGAAAAGUUUCCCUUUAAAAGCUUUUCUAAAAGAGUUUUUAGAUGGUGUUUUUUUUUUUUAAAGAUUGAUUGAUUGAUUGAUUGAUUGAUUGAUUGAUUGAUUGAUUAUCUUAUUCCAGAUCUUCACUCUGACGCACGAAAAAGCAUUUUUUGAGUAUUAAGUCUUGAAUGUUUUAUGUAAAAAUCAUCAGAGGUUGAGGAACGGAUUCCAUAGAAAUGGAUGCUUGAGAUUUUGGUAAACAGCCUCAAUGUAUUUGUUGAAGCAAUAUUUGCAUGUAUAUCAUGCAUUAAAUUGGCAACAGUUUUGUAAAAUAAAAAUUCUAUUGGUAAUAGUUUUGCCUUUAAGAAGAGGGGUAUCACAUGUUCCUUUUGUUUGGACAAAAUAGAUAAGACAUAAUGCAUGCUUUUGGAGGACAAGGAUUCGAUUUAAAAAGGUCUUACAUGCAUUACCCUAAGAAAUUAAACCAUACAUAAUGUAUGGAGUAAUGAAUGCUUGGUAAAUAUUCAGGAGUGUGCGGGUGGGAACAAUAUGCCUCAGUUUCGUGAUUAAACCUAUCGUCUGUCUUUUAUUUUCGUAAUCACAGAAUCAAUGAGUUUUCCAGGAUAAAUUCUCAUCAAUUAAUAAUCCAAGAUAUUUAACGUGACUUUUGUAUUCAAGAUUGGCACUCUUAUUUUAUUCAUUGUCAAAGAUGGUGAUCUGAGGCACAUGAUAUAUUUUCUGGUAUGGCUGAAAAAUAACAAUUAGAUUUUUUUAAUGUUUAGGGUUUGUUUGAAGUUCAUCAAUUAUAAAUGUUAUGCAAUUCAGAAUUCACAGUUGAUUUCCAAUAUUUUGAUAUUCUUGUGUGCAUAAAGGACAUUAGUAUCAUCAGCAAAGAGAAGAAAAUUAAAUUUUGAAGAACAGUUCUGAAUAUGGGGCGGCACGGUGGUGUAGUGGUUAGCGCUGUCGCCUCACAGCAAGAAGGUCCGGGCUUGAGCCCCGUGGCCAGCGAGGGCCUUUCUGUGCGGAGUUUGUAUGUUCUCCCUGUGUCCGCGUGGGUUUCCUCCGGGUGCUCCGGUUUCCCCCACAGUCCAAAGACAUGCAGGUUAGGUUAACUGGUGAUUCUAAAUUGAGCGUAGGUGUGAAUGUGAGUGUGAAUGGUUGUCUGUGUCUAUGUGUCAGCCCUGUGAUGACCUGGCGACUUGUCCAGGGUGUACCCCGCCUUUCACCCGUAGUCAGCUGGGAUAGGCUCCAGCUAGAGAUAAUGAGAUGAGUUCUGAAUAUCCUUAACAUAGAAAAAGAAGUGGCCCUUACAUGGAACCCUGAGGUACGCCACAAGUAAUUUCAAGUUUGUUAGAUAUGUAAGAAUUAAUUUCAGUUAUUUGUCUGUCUAUGGUUUAAGUAAGAAGAGAACCACUGAUUAAUUAUUCCACGAAAUCCAUAAUGAUUAAGUUUGUCAAGCAAUAUCUUGUGGUCCACAGUGUCUGUUUUUUUCAGAUCUAUAAAGAUAUCAUUAUUCUCACUUUCUUGAAGUUAAUAAGAGAAAAAAAAUGCAGCUUAUGUUCCCGAAAAACCACAAAGAAGCGUAAACUCUGUUUUGAAGAUGUCAGAAAAUUUAAUUACCGCUUUACCUCUGGUGUUUGAGACUCUUUCCAUAAACGUUAAAAAAAAAAGUUUCUUUAUAGAAAACUUCACCAUAUCAACAAUUACACAGGUUUUUAAAGUCAAAAUCUGUUUUAAGUCCCCGUGAAUGAGCUGUUGCUAUAGAAGUGAUAAUGUCUUAAUAAAAACCUGCGAUGUGCAGCUGCACUACUGUCAGAGCUGCUGUUAUAGAAAAUUAAUCAACAGCGUCUGACCAAUCAGAAUCCAGGACUCAACAACACUGCGGUGGGAUAUUGGGUCAUAUCUUGUUCUUAACCUGUUGAUUCUAAGAUCCCUGUUCUUGGCUGCAGGAGUGGAACCCAAUGUGUUCUGUUGCUGAGAUGCUUUUCUGCUCACCACGGUUGUAAAGAGUGAUUAUAUGAGUUACUAUAUCCUUCCUGAUAAAAAAAGCUCGAACCAAUCUGUCCAUUUCCCUCUGACCCUCUCUUAUCAACAAGGCGUUUGUUUCCACCCACAGAACUGUCGCUCACUCACUCAGUGUUUUUUGUUUUUGGCACCAUUCUGUGUAAACUCUAGACUGUUGUGUGUGAAAACCCCAGGAGAUCAGCAGCUUCUGAAAUACUCAAACCUUCACGCUCCAUCUGGCUCAAACCGACACCCAUACCACAGUGAAAGAAAGUCACACUUUGAGAUCACAGUUUUUCCUGUUCUGAUGUUUUUAACAUUGUGAACUUUAACUAAAGCUCUGGAUUUGUAUCUGUAUGAUUUGAUGCAUCAAGGGAUCGGCUGAUUAGAGAACCGCAUCAGACAGCAGCUGGGUGUAUGGGUGUUCCUAAUAAAGUGGCCAGAGAGUGUAUGUUAGGAGUGAAUAAACAAUCUAAAAAAAAAGUUGGUGCAUGGAUGCUAUAAAACCUUCAAGCAUAAAGUAACUUGAGCUACUUUUUCUUGUUCACUUCAACUCACUCCUUUUUUUUUUUUUAAAUCUUAAAUAAUAGCACCCCAACACCUGUCCUGAGACUUCCAUUAUAAAAUGGCUAAUAAUCUCUCACACACACACAGAGGUUGUAGAUGGAGAUUAAAAAUCAGAGUAUGGAGAUCUAUUUUGUAACCUGGGCCUGUGCAGUAUGUUUCCCACAGUGCAUUGCGUAGAUUUAAAGGUGGAGUCGUCUUCCUGUGUGCCUCUUUACUGUCAUCAUUGUUAUUAUGUUUACUGUGUGCGCUUGUGGAUGGAAACCUUCUUCUGAAAGGAUGGGAAAUUGAUAACGUCAACAGAAUCAUGGAUGAACAUCUUGUUUUUCAUGUUUCUUAUUUUUUCCCCUUAACGUGUUUGUAAUUGUUGUGAUCUGUCAGACGGAUCGUCACCAACAGUUCUCCGAGCACGUCUUCAUCAGUGUCUUUCUGCCUUAGCUAAUCUAUAUUCUAAUCCUAAAAUAACUAUGAGUUUGAAGAUAAGGUAAUAUGGAUUGUGUGCGUGUGGAUAAACUGUGCAUGUGAGUGUGUUCAUGUGUGUAUGUAUGCAAAAUCUUUGAUUUAAAAAUGUUUUUUGCAUUAUAUAAUAAACUGACAAGCUUGU